GGGGAGGGGUGUGUGAAGAGAGAAUUCAUCGCUCACGCAUCGUAGGUUUAGUUGGGACAUUUUUAUGGUAACACCGCUGGUGUGACAGCGCACCUGUCACGCGUACCUGUUGAAGUGCAAUUUAGCGCGUGCCAAUAGCUGAAUGCCGAUUGGUUAAUAGCUGGGACAACAGCGAAUCAAAUUUCAUGUAUCAAUGGCGCAAUGGAUGCUGGAAAUAUGUGAUAACGAUGUGAUGCAGCCAAAAAUAAAGAAUUAAAAAUGGAGCGAAUUCUCGAUCGUACUAACGAUACCCAUGUUGUAAAGGAAAUAGACGAAGGGUGUACGAAUGUAUGGAGAUGGCAAUGGUUAGAGGAAAAAAUAGACGUUAUGAUUGACGGGCAAAACAAAGUUUUUUACGUUUCCGAGUGGGUGAGGAAAAUUGAUGAGAAGGGAAUGGCCAAGUGUUUACUCUGUAAAUACCCAUUGAAUUACGGAAACAGGGGCAAACCAUCAAUAAUUGGACAUUGUAAGUCGAAAGGGCACUUAGAUCGGGUAAAAUCUUUGGCCAACCAAAAAAAGUUGCCCUCUGCCUAUUCAGGUCCAUUAAAAGCGACAGAGAGUACCAGUUACGGAAUCCACCCCAUGUUUAUAAAUCCAGCAACUGGAGAGGCACCAAAACAACAGCAAAUCAUGAAGCCAAUUAUUCCGUUAGAUGAUCGUGUGCACCACUCUGAGGCCAUGCUCUUGGGAUUUGUUGCAGAACAUUCCUUGUCCUUAACCAUGAUGCCUCGUUUGAUCAAUCUUGCACAGACAUUAGCGAAAGACAAGAAGGCUCUUGAUGCUUUGUCAAUGGACAGAACAACAGCGUCUUACAAAUUGAUUUACGGCAUGAAGAAAACGGUGCAUGAGCGAACAAUUGAAUGUAUGCGUGAACAACCAUUCUCACUGAACAUAGAUGAAUCAACGUCAACAAAUAACAAACAUGUUCUAGCAGUGUUGGUCAACUACUUUGAUCAGAAUAUCAACAAGGUAGUAUGUGAACACUUGGCUGCUCUAGAACUGAUUAAAGUAGACACUGCCUCUAUAUAUGAUGCACUAGAGGAACUGUUUGAAGUGAACGAAAUUCCAUGGACAAAUUUGGUGUCCAUUCUUAUGGAUUCGUGUGCUGUGAUGCGUGGCUCAAAAAAUGGACUUGAAGUGCGUAUAAGACGAGAGAAGGCACCUGCAAUGUUAGAUAUAGACGGUGAUGCUUGUCACCACCUCCAUAACGCAGCAAAGAAGUUUUGUGCUCCUUUUAACAACUGGGUGGAAAAUCUGUUUUUACAGAUUUACAACGACCAUAAAUGGUCCGCAGAUCUCCGCGACUGGUUGUCAGAACUCUGCAGUCUCAUUGGUGUUACCUAUAGAAAUCCCGAGCGGUUCAUAUCCCACCGAUGGCUUUCAAGUUAUGAUGUUGCAGUCAGUACACUGGCUAUGUGGGAUGCGUACCAGAUAUUUUACUACGCAUUUGUGGAGAAAAAAGAAAGAUGUAACUACUCAGAUGUGGUAGAAGGGAUCCUAAAACGAAGACAAGUUAGUGUUCCUGCUAAGGACAGAGUUAUGAAAAUUGUUGCUCUGCUUGAGAAGAAGAAAAUGACAGACGAUGGGAAACGAAGGAAAGCUAUCAUUGUGGAAAAGGUGCUGUACCAGGACAGGAAAACAUUUCUGAUCCUCAACUUCUACACAUCCGUUCUCCCACUACUGAAGAGAUAUUUACUGCUUUUCCAGUCCACAGAGCCAAUGAUCCAUCUAAUCCAUGACAAACAAGAAGUGCUCUUCAGGGAGUUUCUCUCCUGUUAUGUUAAACAGGAACAUAUCCUUGGCAAAACAGGAAAGCAAAUGAGGGACCUUAAUAUAAAGUCUGAUGAAGGACAAUUCUUAGAUAUACAAGACAUGUUUCUAGGUAAAACAGUAAAGUCCAUAGUUAGCAAAGACUCUAAGUCUCCAGAUGUACAAGUCUUCAUGGAUGGAGCUUCUACUGCCUACAUCGAAACAGGUACCUACCUGCAGGUGAAGCUGCCAUUGUCCAACAAGAUCUUGAGAUGUGUAUCAGCCCUUGAUCCAGCAGCACAUGGCCAUAGUGAAUCACUGAAAGCUAUGAAAAAGCUCCAGGAGAUGGUACCCUGUAAUCUGUCCAUUGAAGAGAAAGAUGGUUUUGACAGUGAAGUUCACAGAUUCCAGGUUGACAAUUCUCUACCAGACGACAAAGGACGUAGACUUGAUGAGUGGUGGGGUGAUAUACACCGGAGUGGGAAAUAUCCUGGUCUUACUAAGCUUGCACUUGCAAUGUGCACGGUGUUUCAUGGGCCAAUGGUUGAAUCCUCAUUCAACAUCAUGGGGGACAUCAUAGACCCGAAAUCUGCAAAUACAAGUGUGGAGCUGUAUGGUGCCAUACAGUCUGUAAAAUACCACUUGAAGGCAAGGGACACUAGUGCUGUAAAGUUGUAUUCAAGAAAGGAUAUUCUUCAUGAUCCUGUCGACACAACACUGUGUGUAAACCUUGGAAAAGCAAAUGGGUUGUAUAAGAAAACGUUAGAAGGAAAGAGAAGAGAAGAAAAGGAAAAAAAUGAGAUGUUGCAGGUUCCCUCCAAAAAACCUGUAUCUAAAACUCAAACAAAUGAAAUAUCCAAACGUGCAGCAGAAGAGAGUAGACUUGUGCAUGAAAAAAGUCAGUUAAAACGUGCAAGAGAAAGGGUGCUGCACAAACUAGUACAUAAGAAAAAGAAGACAUCUGCUUAAAGUCAAAAGUAAAAAAAAAGUGGUUAUAUUUUAAAACCACCACUCUCACAUUUCCAAUUUACAAAUUUAAAUACAAAAAAAAGAUAUAAAUUAAUAUGCUUUUUAUGUUUAAAGGGUAUUACUUUAAAUCUGUUUCAAGUUAUAUUUUAACAUUUUUGCUUAAAUAAAAGUUAACAGCCAAAAAUGUAUCCAUUUUCUGGAAAGUAAAUGAAAACCACAAUCAGCUGUGCCAAACAGUUAUAAUUUAUUCACCCAUAUUUCUGCAAUAGGUGAAAUGAGGCCAAAACCUAUUUCAAAUAGUACAAACAUUGAUUUUAAGUAAUUAUUUUAUAACUUGACACACUGUUUGCAUGUAAUGUUUCCAUGUGUCUUUUUAACAUCCUAAAUUUAUUUUCCAAACCAUAACAGUGUCAUACCUUUCUUGUUGUUUUAGCUUUUUUUAUGCAGAACAGUUCUUGUUCCAACCAGAAUCGUUAUGAUCAUUUAGCUUUUACAAUGUCUGUUUGAAUUUUAUUUAAGCUACUAUUUCUUCUGAUUAGUACAUUAAAACAUAUUCUCUCUAUUAUUUUAUUCUGAAAGUAGUAUCCAGAUAGAGACUUGCAUGUAAGUUAUAAUGAUAUCCAUAAAUUUGUACAGGCACUUGAACAUUUUUCAUUCAUCAUGUUAAAAUUUAAUUCUCAGACAAAAAAAAGGAACAUACAUUGUGCAGCCUCUUGUCUUGUAUCAUUUAGGCAGUAAAAUUUGAUAAAAUGAAGGGUGAAUAUCAACUUGAGUGAAAAAAGGAGCAAAAGUAUGCAUUUGUCCCCAACUAUAACAGUGUUACGGUAAACUGCAAUAAUAUUUUGCUUGUUUGAGUAUGUGUGGCAUUGCUGUUAUAUAUAUAUGAUUUGUUUAAAUUUUUAGGUGAUGUUGUGCCAGUACUUUCAUAUAUUCUAGUCCAUUUUGUGUCAUUGUAUGAAAUGAUAUACUGUUUGUAGUUGUUCUUUAUUUUUUUAAUUAUUAAAGUAAGUGUUUUUUUAAGCAGUGUUGUCUUUUUUAUUAAAUGUUAAAAUAAUAAAUCCAACAGCAAUGAAGUGUAUCAGAAAUGGAUUUAAUAAG